AUGAUUCGACUGAGCGGCAAAAGCCUCUUCUACCUCCCUUCCGACUAUGCCCCUGGCUCACUCGUCUUGCCAACUUGCUUCCGGGCCACCGCUCAAUACUUGGCCCAGUAUGGCCCUAAUACACGAGGAGUCUUUCGUAUUUCUGGAUCGGCCCGCAUUGUCAACGCAAUUUUCGACUAUUACUGCUACGAGAAAGCUGGAGAGGAGGUCACUGGUACAAUCCGCUGCCCUACCCUUCCACUUCACAUCAACGCUGGCCCGCAAGAUGUAGCCUCAGCCUUCAAAAAGUUUCUGUCGGUACUUCCAGGUGGUAUACUAGGCUCCCUUCCGCUUUUUGACGCUUUUGUGGCUAUCCAUAGCCAGCUUCGAAAAGAGCCUGAGCUUAGCCGCACCAAGGACACGAAGACUCGCGCUCGACUUAUUGCGCUAGCUAUCGGGACCGUCGAAUCUCAGUAUCGCCGAGAACUGAUAUGUGCUGUAUUUGGUCUUCUUUCCUUGAUUGGUCGUGCUGCUGAGACAGCGGCUCGUGAGGACGAGCAGGGUCGACCGCUUCCGACCUCGGACCUCAUGGGAUACACAGCUUUGGGAAUCGUGUUUGGACCGCUUCUCGUCAGUGAUUUGUUGGAUUCAUACACUAUGAAGCUUGCAAACCCGUCUUCAGGAUUGUUACUAUUUCCCCUCACCCCGCCUCAAAUCAAGAAGGAACGGCAGCGCAAGAUUGCAAUACAUGGCGAAGGAGGCCCUCUAUCUGUCGACAAAAUCCAUGUGGCCAAUGAUAUUGCUGAGAUGAUCAUCACAAACUGGCGUGAGGUCAUCCGAAACAUGAAGAACUUGUCGAUUUUAGCCAUAACGAGCCAUGAACUGGAGAGCCCGAGCCGCCGAGAGCUUCUUCGGUCGUCGAAUUCCGAGCCAUUCACCAUUGGCUUGCCCAAAGGGUGGAAAAGCAAGCGAUCUUCUCCGGCUACCUCUUUCAACCGAGAGAAGUCACCAUCUCCUACAACUCCUACACCAGCACCACGUAAGUUCAAAACGAACUCCGGUCCCUCAAGGUCACGCAUGCUUAUGGGUGGCAGGAAGCGGAGGGAAGCCGACUGUGAGAACAACGGAAAAUUCAGGCGAGACGCUUAA